UUGGCACCCACUAGACAGACAUACACACGGAGAAAAGGACCAAUUUUGACGUUCUUACGCUUCUCCAGUGCAGUUCCAAUUCAUUUCUGCCUCUUUCAGCGAUUUUAUUCUUACUUCCGGGUAGAAAAGAUGUCGUAAAUGCUGUUUUUCGUGGCAAAUUCUCAUUCAUUUUCCGAAGGUGUAUAUUUAAUUCAAGUGACCAGACAGAAGAACUGAAAACUAUCUGUUCUGAUUCUACGAGUUUCGAGUUAUGGAUUAAGGACGCUGUUAUUUUUCUUUGAUUCGGUCAAGGUUAUCCUGUACCAGAAUAAGACGUUUGAUACUGAUAGUAGGCCUAUACUGCAGGAGAGGCUGAUUGUCAUCAGAUCAGGGCAAGGAAAUGAUAUACUGGCCUUCGAUCUAAAAGACUUCUAGUUUGAUGAGAGCUCGGAUUCCAAAUGCUGCAGAACUACAUGUAAUUUACUGAGAGGAGUGCAAGAUAAGAGAUCAUCAAGAUGGUUUCGAGAGGAGGAAGGUGUCUGUUUUCGGUGCUCAUAUUGACAGGUUUUCUGUUGGCAGCAACAAAUGGAGAGACAACGUCCGAGGCACUAACCACUGCACCAGUAGUAGUGCAAGCAGCUCCUAGUGUUACAACAGCAGAAACAAUUACUCUUGACCCAUCAACACCAGACUUUUGUACUACAAAUACAUGCCUGAACGGAGGAACUUGUACAAAUUCGGCAUGUGUUUGUGUUGAUGGAUAUUCUGGCUCGACUUGUGAAAUAGACUUUUGUACUACAAAUACAUGCGAACACGGAGGAAUUUGUACACCUUCGGGAUGUGUUUGUUUCGAUGGAUAUUCUGGCGUGACUUGUGAAAUAGUAAAUGAGUGCACAACUCUUACUCCCUGCAAGAAUGGAGGAACAUGUGCUGAUUUAGAUGGAGACCCCGGUUACUCAUGCAACUGUACAGAACAAUACACAGGACCAACUUGUGAAGAAGAAAAUGAGUGCAUAACUCUUACUCCCUGCAUGAAUGGAGGAACAUGUACAGAAAGUAUGGGUUCAGAAACUACAGAUACCAGUGAUAUCGGUUACUCAUGCAGCUGUGUAGCAGGAUACACAGGAAUAGAUUGUGAAACAGAUAUCAAUGAUUGCUUCAACAACCCCUGUAUGAAUGGAGGAAUCUGCAACGACUUGGUCAAUGACUAUAACUGUACAUGUCCGAAAGGAUUCAAUGGAACAGACUGUGAAAAUGACAAUGAUGCAUGUGACCCUAACCCAUGUGACAAUGGUGCGACCUGCACAAACCACUUAAUGAAUCCCGGUGAUGCUACUUUCACAUGUGUCUGCAUACCUGGAUGGACAGGGGAAACUUGCUCAGUUGAUUUUCAGGAAUGCAAUGCGAUGCCCUGCAGGAAUGGUGGAACCUGCAAUGAUGGCAUAAACUAUUACAACUGCACUUGUCCUCCUGGAUUCAAUGGAACACGUUGUGAAAAUAUCUGUCCUGCUGGUACUUUUGGAGAUUAUUGUAUGGAGAGCUGUACAUGCGUGUAUGGGGCCAACUGCAGUAACGUUGAUGGGAUCUGCACUUGUGAGCCAGCAUUUGAGGGAGCAGUUUGUAACAAAAAGGAGGUUAACGUCACAGCAAGCCUGAUAUCUAUGACCGAUAUAAUAUCAGAAGGCGACGACUUUACACUAGCUUGUCAGGUCAAUCUCGCAGGGGAAGACCUCAAUGAGGUUGCUUGGUACAGAGAUAAUGACAAACUCCCGGGUACAACGAAUGGGGACCCUGACAUGGGAAUGUACAGCAUCACCAUCCUGGGAGCCGGUGCAAAAGAUACAGGGGCCUACCGCUGCACUGCUGUGACAAUAGGAAACAGAUUUAAUGCAUCGAGCGAAGCCAUUUCAGUUGAUGUUGUUGUUCCUGGUCAAAUUGAUCGUGAACUCAGCAAACUUGAUGAUUUUAUCCAACUAAACCGAACGGCAAGUCUCAACUGUACCGUGUUCUCGAGCAGUGAUGCAAGCAUAGCAUGGGAGCGGAAUGGAGUGAGACUAGUGGAUGAUAUGAACAGGACUAGCAUUGAACCAAGCCAAGAAAUGAGAAAAGGAGGGACGUAUUUCUUCAGUGUGCUCAAGAUAUCUGACACUGUCCGAGAAGAUAAUGGAGUUUAUAGGUGCUUGGCUAUUGACGAAGCUGGGAAUAUAACCGACAGCGUGAAUUUUAACAUCUUUGUCCAAGAGGUGGCAGAACUUGCUAAUCCAAGAUAUCUCGAUGUCCUCUCCAUGGAACUUAAGCUUGUGUGGGACUUCACAGUUCAAGGCAAUGACGACGACAUCAACUGCACAGCCAGAUACGGGAUUCAAGGCACCAAUAAAACAGAAGACAAAUAUGUGGGAAGAACAUCACCGGGUGUCGUGACGGACUUGCAGCCCUACACCACCUACAAGUUUCAGCUGAUCUGUGUGAAUCUUGCUGGAAGCAGCAAGCCUCUGGUCUUUCUACCCCAAGAAACCCUAGCUGGAGUGCCGUCUCAGCCUCGGAAUGUGCUUAUUAGUGAUGUACAAGCAAAACAGGUGUUUGUAAAAUGGGACGAGCUAGAGGAUAAAAAUGGACCCAUCGAUGGAUACACACUCACUGCUAUAGGUGGAAUUGAGGAUGUAACUUACACUGCUUUUGGAAGCGGAACCAGCGGUACUCUUCAAGGGCUUACACCAUAUACAAACUACACAAUCAGUGUAAGUGUAUUCAAUCGCAACACACCAGAAGGGAACCAGUUUAGUGAAGAAUCACCACCCUCUGGCCCUUUUAGAACCUCAGAAGCUGCACCUGGUAAACCUGCAGGAUUUACUGUUGGUGAAACCUCAACUGAAUGCACAAUUUCUUGGAGGAAACCGAGUGAGCCAAAUGGAGUGAUCACAAAAUAUACACUCUAUGAAGAGGUCUUGAAAAUGGGCACAGAUGUUGUGGAUAAAACCCAAAAAAUUGAAGUGCCUGCUACUCAAGUGCAGAAAACAUUUAUGAAGGCAGGGUUAGAUCCCUUUUCCAUCUAUCGUUACUCAAUCACUGCUUCAACUGCACCUGGAGAAGGGGUUACUGCUACCACUACAGACGUUUGCGAAACUCCACAAGGAGUACCUGUGCCGCCACCAUCCAUACCUUCCCCUAACGAGGAGGAAAUCUCUCAGACAAGUUUCACGACGACGUUGCCGCCCUAUAAUGCACGCAAUGGGCCCGUUAGUUGUUGUGAGGUGAUUGUUGUAGAACUGGGGAAUGGUGAUGCAAACCUAGAUUCUUCAGACCCUAGUUGGGAUCCUGAUCAGAUCAAGAGCUACGAGGAAGCAAAGGACACAACAGGAACACCAUAUAGGGCUGUUGUAUUCAGCAACUGUCCAACUGAUGAAGUUAAAGUUGUUAUAGGUACAGCAACUAGCAAUAGAUCGACCUGUUACACUGGAGGUUCGACUGGAAGUGGAAGUAGAAGAAGGAGACAAACAACAGGUGCCAGUACUCUCACUGCGGUCAAUGGCCCUCUCAAUACCGGUCGGACCUACUCUUCCUUUGUCAGAGUCUAUACCCCUUCUCCAGAAGAUCGUCAGAUGACCUUAUAUGAGAGUGGACCCUUCAUGGCCCCAGUCAAAUUAAGUGCCAAACCACCCAAUGUAGCAGGUAUUGUUGGAGGUGUGUUUGGAUUCUUGAUCAUAAUGUGUCUGGUCAUUGUCAUCGGGCUGAUAUAUAUCAGGAGACAGAGGGACUAUGCAAAUGAUCCCCUGAUGACCCCCACCUCCAAUGGACCCAGAGAAAACGGGAACGGAACAAUAAUAGGCUUGCAGAAUCUAGGUAUAGAUGAUGCUGAACACGACAUUGUCGUGAAGCCCAUAAAACUGGAGAAUCUGGAGAAAACGAUCAGACAAAAGGCUCAAGAGGAGAAGAGAAUAUUCUGGGCUGAGUACAAGGCCCUGCCGAACAGACCGCCUCCCUUGGCAACCAUGAAUCACAGCAACCUCCCUCCAAACAAGGAUAAGAACAGAUACAUCAACAUCAUUGCCUAUGAUCACACCAGAGUGAAGCUGAAGCCUACCGAUGGAAUCGAAGGAUCGGACUACAUCAAUGCUUCCUAUGUCAAUGGUUACCAGUCUCCUGAUAAAUUCAUAGCUGCACAAGGCCCCAAGGACAACACCCUAGAGGAUUUCUGGCGGAUGAUCUGGGAGUAUAACUGUUCCACUAUAGUCAUGCUCACCAAAUGUAUCGAAGAUGGCAAGGACAAAUGUUCACAGUACUGGCCCAACAAAGGUGUAAUCAAGUACGGCAGGUUUAAGGUGAAAAUGGAUUCUGUAACGGAGACUGCAGAAUAUGUCAUCAGAUCUUUCCAACUCUCAGAGGAUGGUAAGGAGACCGGUCAGCGUAGCAUCACACAGUUCCAUUUCUUAGGGUGGCCUGACCAUGGUCAGCCUGACUACCCGUCCCCUAUGAUGUGUCUUAUCAAGAGAGUGCGGCAUCUCACAUCCAAGAUGAACCAUAGAGCUAACAUUGUGGUCCAUUGCAGUGCUGGAGUGGGUCGUACAGGAACAUACAUCGUGAUAGAUGCUAUGCUAGACAUGAUGAAGCAUGAGAAGCAAGUGGACAUCUAUAACUUCAUUCAUGAUAUCCGUCAACAGAGGAAUACCCUCGUCCAGUCUUUCGUCCAGUACUUUUUCAUCCAUAUGGCAUUGCUUGAGGAGCACCUGUUUGGUCACUCAGAUGUAGCCAUGCCAGACUUCCCUGCGUACUAUCAACAGCUCAGCAAUAAAUCAGACUUUGAUGACGAUCUCACACAGCUGGAGGUGGAAUUCAGGAGAGCUUGUAAGUUAGGUGUCAAUGGAACAGACCAGACGUUUGCCAACAUUGACCAGAACAAAGACAAGAACCGCAUAGGACACAUUCUUCCAUUUGACAAGAAUGUAGUGAAGCUUGAGAGACUGAUUGGUGAAGAAUUUUCAGAUUACAUCAAUGCGUCAUUCAUCACUGGUUACCAGCGUAAAAACAUGUACAUAGCAACACAGGGUCCACUUCCAAACACAAUAGCAGACUUCUGGCGUAUGAUAUGGGAGAGUCAGACCUCAACGAUAGUCAUGCUUACAGAGAUCAGUCAGAAGGGUCAUGAGAUGUGCGCUCAGUACUGGCCUCUAGAGAUCGAUGAAACGGAAGAGCAAGGGGACAUCUCCGUCACGCUCGUAGAAGAAUCAGAGGAGGAUGACGAUUUCACCGUCAGAGAUAUCGAGAUCUCACAUGCACAUAUGAUGCAGAACAUCUAUGGUAAUACAGACGCCGCAGGAGAAGUGCUCGCCGAGGGAGGUGACAUUCCUGAAAGCGAUUCUCAAACCGCUCUCUACGGAAACGUCGAAUCUCCCCCACCAACUCCUAUGAAGGACAUCCGCAAAAUCCGUCAGUACCACUUCCGGGGAUGGCCUGAGGUCGGCGUACCAGAGUCCGGUAUCGACCUCAUGCGGCUGGUCAACAAGUCGCACCUCCAUCAGAAGGAACAGGGGCCCAAACCCAUCGUGGUGCACUGCAGCGCGGGGUCGGGGAGAACGGGGGUGUUCAUCGCCCUCAAUGUCUUGAUGAGCCGUAUGGAGGAGGAGAGCAUGAUCGAUGUCUUCCAGACUGUCAGAGGCCUCAGGCAACAGCGCCCUCACAUGGUCCAGGACUUGGCUCAAUUCAAGUUCUGCUACUCAGCCAUGGUAGAAUACUUAGAGGAGCAAAGCACCGAAUACCAGAACUUUGUGCCUCGCGUUUAGUGCAGAGUAAUCGGCGUUAAAUUGAACUCGUAUGGAACUUGUGCAGUACAUAGAUAAGUUGAAUCACAACUCUGACUGAGGAAUUGGAAAUAAAAAAAAUGAAAGUACCUUUGUCACAUUGUGCAUGUAAUACUGUACCUGACUUGUCACUUCUGUGAAAUUCUACAUGCACGUUGAAAUAGCAACAAUGUUCAUGCAAAGUUGUAUGAGAAGUCUGUGCCUGCUCUUUCUUAAUGUCUGACCAACAAAAAGUAGAGAAUACUUUUUUUAAAAAUUUGUAAUGGAAAUAUGUGAUAGGCAAUCAUGUAUACAGUAGGCAAAUGAAUCACAAGUCUUAGUCAUGACACUGUAAUAAACAUUUUUACACAAUGAAUGUACAUAAUAAUUGGUAGUAGUUUUUGCUAUCCGUAAGUUGCAUACCGGUACAUCGCACACAAUAAACUGAUCACCUUAAAAUAAUGAUGCAAAUUAGAUGAUUUUACCUGUCUACAAGUAGAGAGCAUAACAUGUACAUGAGCUGCACUUGUCGAGCAAGGACAUAAUGAGCAUACUACAAUGUGUUGCCAAUUUGAAUAAUUUUAGAAGCACAUAUAUAGUACAGAUUGAAGGAAUUAAUGCAGUAUUGAGCGAGAAGAGAUGACAGACGAAUAAACGUGUGUGCGCUGUAUAUGUAUACAGAUUGUAAAUUCAUUGAUAUAUUAUUGCAAAUAAGAGAAGUAUGUACAUGUACAUCGCAUGAUAGUCACAUUUGUAAACUUUCAAACACAAAUAACUAUUCAUGAAUCUACUUAAAUAAUGUACAUAUAAAAAUAUACCAAAUCAUUUAAUUGCUACUGUUUGUUAGAAUUAAGAGCUAUCGAUAUUGACUGUACUAUUAAAACUUAGAGUACUGUUAUGUUCCAUUUUAUAGUACUGAAAUUUAUUGGAAAUAGUUUUUUUCUACUCAACUUUGAAAUGAAAGAAGUGUUUUUAAUUACGAAUUUGUUCAUGAUCUUUGCUUGUAAAUUAAAGUUUAAAAAACAUCAAUUCUGUGCUGUGAAUGUAGUCUGCAAGUAUAAAUGUUUUUAUAAAAUAGUGCUUCUCUUUAAUCUCAUGGUGCAAGUUUUACAAAACAGAUAAGAUUUUUUUUCUCCUUGAAUCAAGAUACUUCCAGUUGAAACAAUUUGAAAUACUUUCAUCACAAAAAAAGGUGUUUUUUUUAAAGCAGAAAAUGAUUACUUGGUGCCAGUGACUGGGGUAUUAAUAAAUGUAGAACAUAUGUAGAGACGUUUUCUUUGAUGCUAUGUGAAUCCAGAUUAUCACCAGUCCUUUAAGUCGUCUCUCCAUUUUUUCGUUGUAUUUUGCCUGUUGCACUCUUUUUCUAUGUCCAUUUCCAGCACAGACUGGAAAACAUUCCAUAUUUGUAAAAAUUCCCUUUAGUCUAAAGCAUUCCAAAACAAAGCCAUGAAUUAUAUUUCAUUCCAUAUGUCACAAUUAAGUGUCUGCAUGUUUUUUCUUCAUUACUACAAAUAGUGGUGUAAACUGUUUUCAGAAUAGACAUCAUACCCCAGCUGUUAACCAUUACAAAGAAUAUAGGCAUUUACUGGAUUGCCUAGAUGCCGAAAAAAAGAAGGCAUUCCUGUUCAUCUAUUAAAUUAAAGCUCGGUAUCUACCGUGAAUGUGACGGCCAUGUUGGAUGUAUAUGUAUACAGCCGCAAUCACUAAUUCCUACAAAAGUAAGGACGUACACAGAAUUUGUCUUCAAAGAAACAUUUAGCCAAGUUGUUCACUAUAUCUAUGCAGUCAGUCCUAUUAACCUCUUUACUAGGCUAAUCCUUACACCCACCCUUUAAGAAAAUUAUGUCUCUAUUUACCUUACACAUCAGUUGCUUUAUUUGGUUAUUUUUUUAUUCUGCUUUUUCUAGUAAAGAAUUUUUAUAUACACAAGGUACUUAAGCAGAAAAGUGUUAUGAAUGUAAUAAAUGUCUAACAUUAUAGUUGGAGUAAAGUUUUGAAGGAGGAAAAAUAUUUAUUUUCAUAAAAAUUAAUAGAGGUGUGUAGCAAAUGCAAGAUAAAUCAAUAAUUGAGAUAUUUCUGAUAUACAUGUUCGUGUACCAUGAAUAGAAACUUCCAUAAUAAAUAUCAGUAUUUUCUCUUUCAAAAGACAGAACAGAUUUCAGUACUGAAUGCUACAAUACUAUUUUGUGUUUUAUUGUGAAAAAGGAGAAGGAAUUUAAGUGGUUAAAUUUGUAAAAAAUUGUACUUUCAGUCAGUUUUAUUUUAAGAUUGUCACUGAAUCUCUGUGAGAGGAGAGAUAUUACUUUUCUUUCCCUGUCAUUUGCAUUUAUGGUGUACAUAUAGGAAUAUUACUAUUGAUUUCACAUAUUAUCAACAUUAUAUAAAGCAAUCUAUUGUAUGGGUCCUGUUUUGAAAUAUAGAGUAUUUGUGUAUGAUAUUUGUAUGCUACUUGUUUGUAAUCUUUGUAUGGUUUAAUGUUAAAUUAAUGAUAUUUCAUUGUCUGUACAUAAUAUGAUAUGCAAAAAUGAUAUCCUUUGUACAUGUUUUACAAAGAAGAAAAACUUUCUAUUAGGUGCACGCAUUUAUACAUGUUUACAUGACAGGGAUAAGCAAGUAAUGAAAUGAUAUUUUUAUAUCUUGAAAUUGUACGGCAUAUGUACUGUAAUAGUAGGUAAGUUAUUUGUACAUGUAGACAAAAUGAUUAUAAUAUUUCUUAUUUAAGUGUUUUUCAACUCGUAAAUCAUGUUUCAAAGAUUCUUUCUCUUGCGCAUUGAAUCAUGAUAAUUACUUGUGUAUUACAGUUUCUAUGCCCACUGCAUUUUUAGUAGUUUAGACGGAAGGGUAUUGGAGAGUUGAAAUAAAAAGGAUUUAUUUUAGAUUUUAUCCACCGCUUCCCCUACCAUGCCUGUCCUACGUUGCUCUUCUUAGUGAUGGCACAUUUACCCAAUUUAGAUUGGUGUUGAUUGAAUCGAGUAGUAGAAAUAAAGCAAUUGUGCAACGACACCCCGUUUGUGUUACGUACACACACACACAUAUUGAUUCUUAACACUGUUAUACAAAUGCUUCCCAAGGAUUAUACCAAUUUUUUUUUUACAAGUUUGAUAAUUCAAGAAAUGUAUAGAGUAUCCUUGAUCUAGUUAUCAUCUGAAUUUAUCUCAUAUUUUCAUGUAUACAUCAUCAAGUAAGAGCGCAUGUACUUCCAAUCAACUCCUUAUUUUUAAUUAACCCCUUUUGUAAUGUGUAUAAAUACUAAAAUCUUUGUUAGAUGUAUAUAGAUUUAUAAAAGUCUAUGUUCUGGUCAAGAGGCUUUUUUUAAUUGAUUCUCAUAAUAUUGAUUGUUGAUAUAGUAUUUAAACACAGCAUUUCAAAUAUUGAAUGCAUCGUUCUUGCAAUCAGUUGGGAAUUUGACUAAUGUAAUGCAAAAACAGUGAUUGUUGGAUGAGCAAAUCAAGUAGCCUUCACCAUUCUCUCAAAAUUUAAAGAAAAGAUAAUAUCAUUUAGUUUUUAAAAAAAAAUCAUAUUUGAUUCUGAUGGCUGUUGAGAUGGAAUUUUGGCAAUUAAAGUUGAUUCUGUGGUCAUACUUAGAAUAAGGAAUAAGAACUUAAAUUUAGGAGUGUUGAUGUUUUAGUUUCUGUUUCUGACCAAUUUCUACAAUUUACAUUUUGGCAAAUAUACAAACAAAUGCCUCUGUGAUACAGUUCAUGGAAUACAUACAUUUAAAACUCUGUCAGAAAGAAACUGUAUAAUAAAAUCUUGAUGAAAAUGCUCCAUGAUCAUAUUGUUAUAAACACCAUCUUUACAUUGCAUGGGAAUGACCAGGAAAGUAUGUGAGGCUAUCCCCCCCCCCCCCCCAUAAGGAAAAUUGUAUUGGAACACCUUCAUUUUAGAACUGGGGUAGGGGAAGGGCGUUUUCAUCAACAUAAAUUGAUCUAAGAGCUUAAAGUCUAUCAAACUUAUUUAAAGAUCACUUUGAAGGCUUGAUGAAACAACCCCUCGGAAAAAUCUAAGUCCAUAUUUUACCAAUCUUUUUUUUUUUUUUUAAUUUGCACUUCAUCCUUGCGUUGAGGGACAUUUUCAAGACAAAUUACUAACUUGAUUGCCAUAUUGUUAGAUGCAUUCAAUUCUACAGUUCUCUGCCUUUUAUUCCCCCCUUUGUUUUCCCUUUUCUUUUCCCUUUUUGAGGUUUCUUUUUAUAUAAUGCUUGUAUAGGUAUGAACAUUUUUUUGCAUUUAUUCAAAAAAUUAGCAUGGAAAGAUCUGGUAUGUAUACUGUAAAUUUUAGCAUCAAUUAGUCGGCAUUUAGGAAAUUUUCAAGAGGAAAAUUCUCCUUUUUUCAAUCAGAUUGUACAGACAAUCUGAAUUCUACUCCCUUCACCCAUUACUGAACGGUAUACUAUUUUUAUGUAAGUAAAGCAUCUUUUCUGUCUUUCUGUUUAUAUCGCUUUUCUUAGAUUAAUUUAGUAUAAACAUUAAUAUAGUAUUAUACUGUGCAGCUGAAUGGUAGCUUUCUGUUUCAAUUGAAAUAUUGAGAUCUAAUUCAAUUCCAUUUUUUGUGACAUUUGAACUAAAUUUCACCCCCCCCCCCCCCUCCCCAAGUGCCAUAGUUUUUUAUUGACCCAUCACAUUGUCCAUCUUUUAACUGAAAUUGGCCGUAGAAAACGGGAGUUACCGCUGCAUCAAAAGUUUUAUGAAACGGGCCCGGCCCUGGGCUACACUAGUUAUUGAAUUAUUUUGGAAAUCCUCAGUAAAGCUUGAAAGAAAUCAAAUAAUGUCUUGGCAGGUUUGUCAACAAUACUGAAAGCAGAAAGCAUCAGUAGAACAGUUAGGUACUCAUUUUAUUGCAGUAGAUGUAUGUCAUAUAAAACAAUAAAUAAAAUAGGUUUAGUAGUCGUAUUUGUAUGUCCAAGAGGAUGAUACAAAUAUAAAGCCUCUCAGUGUUUUUGAUACAUUAAAUUUCACAAUUUGCCUGAUGCUUUAGGGACAUGUUAUAUGACAGUCCAUGGUAUUUGUCUGAUAGCCUAAAAUGGUUUUAAAAAAUUAAGGUUGAUAAUAUGUAACAUUUUUGAGGCCUUGCGUUCCUUGUUAUUUAAAGGCCUUUUCCCCCAACUGAAUAAAGAAUUGCAUGCAGAAGAAAUAGACAACAGGACAGACAAUUCAUGAGAUUCCACAGGUUAUGGCACAGGAAAAGAAAUUCUUCUUUCUACUGCAUGAGUUUUUAGUAAACUUAAGUUGCUAUAGUAUUUGAAGGAUAUGAAAUGAUUUUUAUAUUUACAUGAAUUACUAGGAGCAGAAAAAAUUUGUGAAAGUGUCAUUUUUAUAGAAAUCAUUUGUAUUUCCUUAAUUUUUUUUGCUUUUCAUGUAGAUUAGCAAGAAGAUAUUGUUCUGAAUAGUCAUCUUUUCCUAAAGUUCACCAGCAACAUAUAUUGUUAUCUUCUGUGUCUAACACAGUCUGUUUUUUGUUAAGAUAAUUUUUCUGACAAUUUGUCAUUAUUCUGUCCGUGUGUUGAAAGCAUUGUGAUCGUUGGAAACACUGAUACAGUGAUGUAGACGCCUUUAAACUGAACCAUUUCAUCUUAAGUGUUAAUAAUAUUACUUCUCAUGCAGCACAUAUACUCAGUACUGUAGUCUAUACUCCACUAGUUCAACAAUACCCGUAAAUAAAUGUAAAAGUAGAUCCAAUAUUAAGUACAUGCAUGGCAAUUUAUAUUAAACAAAACACUAUAAUAAUGAAAUUACAUUUUGUGUGAUGAAGUAUAUAAUUGUGUAAUGUAUGUAUACCACUAUCUACUUGUAUUUCUAUGAUUUAUAAACUUGUAUUAUAUGACUACUGCAUCUUAGUAGCACAUUAUGAACACAAAUUUCCAUUUAUAUGUAAAAUCAUCAAUAAAAGGGGAUAUUUGAUUAUAAUUUCACAA